AUGGUAAAGAGAGAACUCGUAAUGAUUGCCGGUGGAUUGAGUCUUAAGUAUGGAAGGUACAUAGCAGUCGCGAGUGCUGCUCUUCUCACUGCCAAAAUGUUGAAGUCGCCUUGAUCAAUGAUAAGGAAAAGGAAAGUACUUGUGAAGAAACUAAAUAUUAUGAACUUAUCUGUGACUCUGAAUAAGAACUUGUGUUAUUACUUGAAUAAAAACUAAAAAUUGUAUAUCAACAAAUAAAAUGGAUAAUAAAGAACCUAAGACUGAAGAAGCACCGGCUAGCCCUGAAGGGCCAGGCCUUGUAGAGGCUCAGCCUUCGACCGGGCUGCAAAGCACUUCACAGGUGACUUCAAAUGAUGAAAAUAAGACGAAACCAAAUCAAGACCCAGGACGUGUCGCAGAUGGCAAAAAGCUUUCUGAAGACAGCAGAAGAGUGAGAGAGGAAAGAAGAAGAAAGGAGGUUCAAAGCAAUCCAAAUAUCGUGGCCUUAAAGGGGCAAGCCCCGAGGGGGCAGGCACCACAGGUGUAGGGUUACAACCAGAACCAUCAUCAUUCUCAAUCACUCAAAUUCUAUCAGUAGCAAGUGUCGUUCUCUCACUGGCUGGUCUGUACUAUAAAAGAAAAUAG